GGGGACACUUCGGACGUUUAUAUUGGAAUACAACGUUGAUGUUCGAAGCCUUGCAUACCGUUGUCCGGGAAGUGAUUACUGAUGGCUCCCGCACGGGUAUAAAUACCAGCCCUAUCUACCACUACGCAAAGCGUUGAAUUCAUAUCUUCUGUAUCAAUCUUUGAUCGCAGACCUGAAUUUGCUGGCAUUCCGAUCCAGACAAGCCCUCAGAUCACCGCCGAGUCCUGCCUCCUCUAUCAAGAGGAAAAGAGCAUCCUGUUACAUUGGCCAUGAAGCUCGCUAUCGCCGCCACCAUCGCGACCAUCUCGGCCGUGGCCCUUUCGCAGCCAACGGCAACUGGUGACUGGGAUCCGAUGCCGACGCGGGGACCCUGUGGCCCCCAAAUCGAGGCGUCGUGCCCGGCUAAUGAACUUUGCGUCCCGACAUGGUCGGCCUGCGUCGAGUACCUGCCACACUGCGAAUUGCACUGCAUGCGGGUCACGCCAUUGCGGAUCCGCCCAGGGGAUCCUCCUCCUCCGCCCGGGCCCCCGGUGGAUCCUAUCCGCUACCUGAGGUGCCGGCCGGACUCCACCGACGGGUGCCCCGAAGAAACGACGUGUAUUAUCGACACCCGUACGGAUUCGUAUCCUCCCGACCCCAGCUUGACUGGCAUCUGCAUACCCCUGGAGAAUAUAGAGAGAUGCAAUCCAAACGAGGAGCAACCUUGCGACCAAUGGUGGUUUGACUGUUUCGAACCCGCCGACGACCUCCCGGAAGAGCCGUGUACCCGGGAGCCAGGAAAUAUAUGUAACGGUAUCUGCAUUUCGGGGGGGUUAUGGCCCUAUUGAAUCCGGGGGCCGGGGGGGCAAUGGUGAAGCGGAUCGAAAGUGGGUGGCCUGCUGCUAUAAGAAUCAUCCGCUUUUGUAUGGUCGAAACUUUUGUUAGUUGACUAUGCAUGCGUCGAUGAAAUACAGCACGGGAUACCAAAAAGAAAAACGAAAAAAAAAAAAAAAAAUUGAAAACAGAGGGAAUGAGUCGAGUUCAAGAAUGUCGGCGGAUGCCCGUGACCUCAAUCUCGUGGUCACACGACUAGUGGGCCAGUGCUUAGUCUCCCCGUUAAGGGGAUCAGCUGCUAGCAGGGGACAGCGCUUGUGUGCGAUAGAUGUGUCCGCGAAACGGGGAUUCGCUGGCCGAGGAAUAGACCCGGUUUAGCGUAGGUGGAAAAAGAAAGAAGAAAACCGAAGGAAAAAGAGGGAG